AUGUCGGCUCAUCUGACGCUGUCGCCGCUGCGGAGAUCGUUUGAGGCGUGCUCGUCGCCAGGUGCCGAGCCGACUCCGCCGCGGUCGCCGCGGUCGCCGGCAUCUCCGGUCUCCCCUGCGUCACCGGCGUCGCCGGCGUCGCCGCACUCUCCGCCCAAGAUUGACCUCUUUGAGCUUGAUCCAGAGGAUUGCCAGUCGCCAAUGCUGCUUCUGCCGUCGCCGAUUCACCGGCCGGUCGGCCCGGCCACCCCGCCGCGAGGCGGGCGGGAGCGGUCUCUCGCGGCGUCGCUCAACUCGAGCGAUGACGAGGGGGUCGGCUCAGUCGACGAGCUGGACAUGGAGCUCCUCUUUGUCGAGCUCCUCGAGUGCUCGGCAGCACUCACGGCGCACUGCAAGAAGCACACGCCGCGCGCGGUCGAGAUCCUCACCGCCCCGCCUGUUGUGGCCUACAUGGUCAAGCUGCUCGUCGACGAUUCGCCGGCCGCCGGCGAUGCUUCGGUCGACGAUGCAUCGUACGUGACCGAGGGCGCCUCGUCCGAGGCGCUGCGGGCGUUGGCACUCGAUGCCAUCCAGGGGCCAGCGAGUCUCGCACUCCAGGCCGUCUUUCGCGCGGUCACGACCGAAGAGGCGUUUGAGGCGUGGCUGGUGGACCAGGGCGUGCUCCGCGCGCUCGUCGACGCUGCGCCGGACUUUGACGACAUUUGGUGCCUCCUUGGCGGCGUAGUCGACGACGUCUUUGCCGACGACGCCGGCUUUCUCGACACCUCGUCCUGGUCCGACGCCUCGGUCUCCAUGAGCGCCGGGAGUCCGCCGCGCGGGCCGCUCGCCAUCGCACUCACCAGCGUCCCGUUUGUGGCCCGCCUCCUCAAGCUGGCCAUCGCCUCCAACUCGGUCCCGCUCGAGCCUGCCACCGAUGCCGCGCUUCCGGACGUUCUCCACACUUGCGAGAUGUCCGGCGAGGCGCUGGCACUGCUGGCGCAGUUGGUUCAGGGCUAUGCUCGCUGGGCCUCACCCGAGGAGCGCGGCGCGACCCGCGACAAGCUACCCGGCCUUGUCACCUCGGUCCUUGUCGCGCUGCCGAUGAUGGUGACAUCACUCGGCUUUGCGGCCACCGGCCACCUCGACGCCUUUGCCUCCCACCGGCCUGCCGUGCUUGGCUCGUCGCGGCUCAAAGUCAUCCAGUUCCUCACCGCUCUUAUCGAGUGCGAGAUUCCGGCAAUUGGCGAUGAGCUUGAGCGCCUCGGCGCUGUGCCCAAGAUCAUCGACCUGUUCUUCGAGUUUCCCUGGGCCAACGUUCUCCACUGCCAGGUGGCGUGGACCAUCCGCUCGAUCAUGGAGGGCAGUCAUUCUGGGCUCAAGGCCGCGCUCUUUGGUCCUGCUGCCUUGCACGUUCGCAUUCUCGACGCCUUUGCCACACCCUCAGCCUCGCACCGCUUCGGCUACAUGGGUCAUCUGUUGCAGAUCUCCAACGUUCUCGCUCGUCUCCUCCCGCAGCACGACACGCUUGCCGCUCAUGUCCUCACCCACAACGACGAGGCCUGGCUCCACCACGUCACCGGCGAGGUCCGUGCCCGCAACGCGCUCAACCAGCGGUGGAACGUCUCGUCGGCGUCCGAUGCCGACGACAGCCGCCUCCUCUCGAGCUCGUCGUCUGACUCGCUCUCUGACGACGACGACGAUGCUGCUGCUGCAGCCGAAAACGCCGCUACCGCCGCCACCGUCGCAGAUGUCCUCCUCGACGUCGAAGCCAUGCUGGAGGCGACGGCACCGACUGUCGCCGACGCCGACGACAUCGCGGACGCUCUAGCAGGCAUGGAGGCGGAGACGUCGUCGUCAAUGGACAAGGACGCGAUCGAGCGUAUGCUGCUUGCCUCAUCCGACUUUGAGAUCGAGCCGACGCUCGACUCGGGCUCACUCUCGGACUUGGGCUCGGGCUCGAGCUCAGACGACGACGACGGUGCCGGGCACGAUCUCGAGAACGAGGACGCCAACGCCAGUCUGGAUGUCUGCCUCGCCCGCGAGGAGCUUGUCAUUCAGAUGGAGAUGACUCGCGUCAAGGAAAUGCUUGCUCGCAAGCGCGCCGAGGCCGCCGAGGCUGCCGUUGCCGCCGAGGCCGAGACUGCCGCCCGAGCCGGCUAUUAUGCCGCUGCGCCUCCAGCCCGCACCCCGCUCGCCACACCUGGCCCUGCCGAGAUCAUGCACCUGCUCAACACCAAGCAGAUCUCGCAGGCCCAGGCUAAUGCGCUCUUGCAUCGUGCCGCUACUGCAGCUGGCAUGUCGCCAGUCCGCGGUGCCCGGUCGCCUGCAGCCCGGUCGCCUGCAGCCCGGUCGCCUGCAGCCCGGUCGCCUGCCUCUGCUCCCGCCCAAUACGCCGGCCACUCUUCCCCGCAGCGCUUGCCCCUCACCCAUCAUCGCGCCUCCCCGUACCGCCGUCGCGGCCCGCACCCGUAG